AUGCAUGGAUCUUUGAUUGAUUCUCAUCAUCGAUUAUCAUUAAGUAGUAAUGGACCUGGUGUAUUAUCAUCAUCUGAACAUACAUUGACUGAUGAUGAACAAACAAAUAAUUUAACUAAUAUGAAUCAUUCAAUGGAUUCCUCAUCAACAAUACAUUUAAAUAAAUCUACUUUAUAUCUUGGUGAUGUCAUUGAAACUAACGAUGAAAAAAAAUCUGAAGCAACUGUAACACAUUCAACAAAUUUUUUUCGUUGGACGCCUGGUUAUCGACAUGUUAUGUUAACAUUUUGUACAAUAUGUCUUUUUGCUUUUAUGACCGGUGUUGAAUAUGCUGUUAUUCUUCCAACAGUAUAUGACUAUGUUCGAAAAAUGACAAAUGCUAAUAUUUAUGUUGGUUUAAUUCUUUCAUCAUAUAGUAUAUCCGGUUCUUUUACUGGAAUAAUUAUGGGAAAAAUCUCAGAUAUAACUGGAAAAGUAAAAUUUCUUAUCAUGAUAUCUGCUAUAUUUGAAAUAGGUGGAAAUAUACUUUAUUUUGUUGCUAAUAAUAUACAUAUUGUUCUAUUGGGACGAUUAAUUGCUGGUGUUGGAAUGGGUGCUGUACCACCUAUUCUUGCCGAUGUUGCUCAUCGUACAAUAGAACGUGAACGAACAAAAGCCAUUUCAAUUAUUCUUGGAUGUCGACAACUUGGUUUGUUAAUUGGUCCAUGUUUUACACUUCUUAUUCGUUUAAUGAAUUUUCGAAUAGGUCCUGUUCAUGUUUAUAAUUUAAAUGGUCCUGGUUUUUUAAUGGCUACAAUUUGGUUAGUAUUAGUAAUAGUAUGUUGGUUUUGUUUUUAUGAUCGAAGAUCAUCAACACAUUUAACUAAUGAUUCACAUAAACAUAAAUAUAAAAAAUCAGAUCAUCUCGUACGACAAGAAGAACAAUGUGUAUCAUUAAAAAGAUAUUCUAAUCAAUAUAUACGUAUUGAAAUGUUUGUUUUAUUUCUUGCUACAUUUAUAACUUAUUUCAAUCAAACAGCAUUAGAAACAAUAGUAGCAGCAUUUACAGAAAAACAUUUUUAUUGGACAACUGUACAUACAUCAAUUUUAUUUGCAUUUGCUGGUUUAGAAAUACUUAUUGUUUAUAUAUCACUUGUGAAAUUUUUUUCAAAACAUUUUGAAGAUCGAAUAUUACUUAUAUUUGGUUUCAUAUCAUUAACAUUAGCUUGUAUACUUGGAACAUUUUUUACAAUCGCAUCAAAUUUAUUUGGUUGGUUUAUUCAUUCAAGUAUAAAUGCUGUGAAUAAACCUUUACUUUCAUUAUUUAUUGUUUUUGUUAUUCUUGAUUUACUUGCUCUACCAUUUAUAGCAGCUACGAGUGUAUCACUCUUUACUAAAUUAACAGUAAAAGAAUUACAAGGAUUUUCACAAGGUUUACAAAGAUUUAUUAUGGGAACUGGAACUAUUGUUGGUCCAUUAUUUGCUUCAUUACUUCUCAAUCGUCUUCAUAUAAUGAUGGCAACAAUGCUUAUUCUAACAUCAUUUACUUUAAUAGCAAUAUUAACUGUUGUCCAACGUUUACGUCCACAAUCACAAGAAAAUCUAUCAAAUGAAAUAAAGGAUCUACAUAAUAAUAGCGAUCAUAAUCAUAGUUUAUCUAUUGAACAUGAUAAUAAUGAACAACGAUCAUCACUAUCAUCAAAAAAUUGUUACGUUACACUUGUUCAACAGGAUGAUGAUCGUUCACGUAAUAAUACUUGCCAGAAUAGUUCUUUAACAAAAAAUUUAUCUAAUAAUAAUAACUUAAAUAGUGAUACAUAA